GACAUGGCGUCCCCUCUGGAGCGGGAGGCGGCCGAGUACCUGACGGAACAUCAGAUCCUGGAGCUGCUCGACAACCUGGUCAGCAUGUUGCUGUACGAGCGGCCAGCAAAGCCAUUGGAGUUUUUAGUACAGCAACUGGAAAAACUGAAGACUGCCAGAGACACUAAGAAGGACUAUCCUUCCUUGUUUGAUGAAUCAAAUUUAGAUGCUGUGUUUGGGAUUUUAGAUCCUACAAAGCAAGGACACGUAACUUUGAGGCAGUAUAGAGAAGCUUUGAAAACCCUAGGAAUAAAGGAUUUUGAAAUAGACCCGAAGGGUGCUGAAGAUGAUAAAAUAACUCUGGAAACAUUCAAAAGAGAGGCGAAAGUUGGAUUAAUGAACACUUGUGCCACAUUCAAAACUGUUUAAAGUUGAGCAGCUUAUUUUGUCUCCAUUGACUUGUAGAUUUACUAGUGACUAUUUGGAUAGCAGCAACAGGCAUGCAUCUGAACAUGCUUAGUGUAUGAAAAAUGUAGCCAGAUAGUUUUGUUACAU